AUGGAUAUAUGUAUGAUCAUUCCGUGUUCGUGCAGCUUCGACCCGGAUCCCACGGUCCGUCACACGUUCUGGACGCUGGCCGUUGGAGGAUAUUUCACCUGGAUCGCCAUCUACGGUGUGAAUCAGGCCCAAGUCCAGAGAUAUCUCACGGUCCCCACGCUCAGACAAGCCCGAAAGGCGGGAUCGGAGGAGGAGCAAAUCGCCAUGUUCCCCGGGAUUCGACUCGUCUUGGGCGUCGAGGUCGGCGGGAAGGCCGUGGUAGGUCACUGGCCAUCCCGGGUCGAGGUCGAGGUCCUUCAAGGCCAGGCCGUAGCGCCUCCACCCCCAGGGCUUCUGGUAGGGGAAGCCGCCUUUGAGCGCUUUCCGCCCUCGGUCCUGUUCCCUUUUGUAGUCCUUGUCCCAGCGAGGAUCCAGCAGGUCUUCGCUCUUCCAGAUGGUUUCGCCGGGAGUCGGAGCCAUCUUCAACUUGAUGCAAUUCCCGGUUCCCCCCGGAUAGGAUCCCAAGUUCCCGCCUUCGUCCAGAGGCGUGUUCUUCAGGUACAGGUGCUGCCGGGGCAUCGGGACGCCCAGCUCCUUCUGGAUCAGAAAUUUGAGCUUCAUCACGGUGGGGUCGGGAUCCCGGAACGCGACGGUGCACCCCUUCGUCUCGGCGCUCCAGUCGUCGACCUGGAGAGUCCGUUCCGGACGACGACGGCUCAUCGAGGCGACCCGCUCGGGUCGACCCGCGCGUUCCGCUUCGACGGCUCGACGAAAGCGACGUGGAAUUCGAGCGGAUCGGGACUCGAGCGUCGUGAAUACGAUGGAAUCCGGCGCCUUAUGGCUGAACCUGGCGGGCCUCCUCCUGCUGGUCUCCCUCCUCUCCCUGGCGGGGUUGGUCAUAUACUCCAAGUAUCACGACUGCGACCCGCUGAAGGCCGGGAUCGUGUCCUCCUCCGAUCAGCUGUUUCCCCUCUUCGUCAUGGACACUCUGGGGCAUCUGCCGGG